GCGGGCCCGGGGCCGCAGCCCGCGGCGGUUGGGGAUUCACAUGGAGCCGCGCCGCGGAGCGCCGCCGUCUUCAGCACCAAGAACAGCUACAAGUGCGGCGCCGCGCCCCCGCCGCGCCCUGCCCGCCCCGCCGGAGCCGCGGCGAGGGGAGGAGGAAUAAAGAAGGAGACAGCGGAGCAGGUUCGGCUUGGCUAGCCGCGAGUGUUAUGCAGCACUACGGAAGCCGCUCUCCCGGAUACCUGUCCCAGGCUGAGCUCCGGCAUGCGAAGCUGACGCUACUGGGGGAAGCGAUUUGAGACGAGGCUUGUGCAGAAAUUACCUCAUGCUAUUCCCGAUCGGCGCCGAGUAUUAAUUCCAGUGACCUCUACAGUAAUAUGGAUAUGCAACUCUUUUCGAUCAAGGAACCAGUCAGAUCACUAGAGACAAAGUACAUAUCUACAGAUGAGCCUGUUGCCUGGAUUUUCUGUAUAGGCAAUGAGAAGUACCUCAGCUGUAGGGCAAAAUACAAGGACACAAGCUACUGACCUCCUCUUAACAGCAGGACCAGACAUACUACCCUACACUUCACCAUCAAUUAAGAGCAAUUGAAAACCUCUCAGAAAACCUGAUCAACUAAUAACAUCAGCGGACAUCUUUUGUAAAACACGUUUUAUGUACUUCUGCUGAGAUCCUUUUUCUACCUACCACAUGGUUCUAUAUUACUUACUGGGCACUGAUGGUAGCCUCCAGAAAGUGCAGCUUCAAAUGGUCACCCUCAUCCUUUAGCAAGAAGAAAAUCUGGAUACUGGAUAGCAACAACGUCUUCAGAGAAAAUGGUAUACGAAGGAAAACGAUUAGUUUCCUGCCAUUGUUUCUUCCUGUUAGCAGCCAAAUUCUACUGGAUACUCACCCUGAUGCAAAAAACUCAUGGCCAGGAAUAUGCUCACUCCAUCCGACUGGAUGGGGACAUCAUCUUGGGAGGACUGUUCCCUGUUCAUGCAAAAGGGGAUAGAGGGGUGCCUUGUGGUGAGCUCAAGAAGGAGAAAGGGAUCCACAGACUAGAGGCAAUGCUGUAUGCAAUUGAUCAGAUUAAUAAAGACCCUGAUCUUCUUGCCAAUAUCACCUUAGGUGUCCGGAUCCUUGACACGUGUUCCAGGGACACUUAUGCGUUGGAGCAGUCCUUAACAUUUGUGCAAGCAUUGAUAGAAAAAGAUGGUUCAGAUGUGAAGUGUGCUAAUGGUGACCCACCUAUUUUCACUAAGCCAGACAAGAUAUCAGGUGUGAUAGGUGCUGCAGCAAGUUCUGUGUCCAUUAUGGUCGCAAAUAUUUUAAGACUUUUUAAGAUACCUCAAAUCAGCUAUGCAUCUACAGCUCCAGAACUGAGUGAUAACACCAGAUAUGACUAUUUCUCUCGAGUGGUCCCACCGGACUCCUACCAAGCACAGGCCAUGGUUGACAUUGUGACGGCCCUCGGGUGGAACUAUGUCUCAACGUUGGCUUCUGAAGGGAACUAUGGAGAGAGUGGUGUGGAGGCAUUCACCCAGAUCUCCAGAGAAAUCGGAGGUGUUUGCAUUGCUCAGUCACUCAAAAUCCCUCGGGAACCAAGACCAGGAGAAUUUGAAAAGAUCAUCAAACGCUUGUUGGAAACUCCAAAUGCUCGAGCAGUGAUCAUGUUUGCGAAUGAAGAUGAUAUUAGGCGAAUACUGGAAGCAGCCAAAAAAGCUAAUCAGUCUGGACACUUCCUCUGGAUUGGCUCAGAUAGCUGGGGGUCAAAAAUCUCACCAGUUCAGCAACAGGAGGAGAUUGCAGAAGGAGCAGUAACCAUCCUGCCCAAAAGAACAUCAAUAGAUGGAUUUGAUAGAUAUUUUCGGAGCCGAACACUUGCUAACAAUCGAAGAAAUGUAUGGUUUGCAGAAUUUUGGGAGGAGAACUUUGGAUGCAAGUUAGGAUCACAUGGAAAAAGAAACAGCAACAUCAAGAAAUGCACAGGCUUAGAAAGAAUUGCAAGAGAUUCAGCCUAUGAGCAAGAAGGAAAAGUUCAGUUUGUAAUUGAUGCAGUGUAUUCCAUGGCCUAUGCACUACACAACAUGCAUAAAGAUCUCUGUCCUGGAUAUAUUGGUCUAUGCCCGAGGAUGAGCACAACUGAUGGUAAAGAACUACUGAGCUACAUCCGAGCAGUAAACUUUAAUGGGAGUGCUGGAACACCUGUUAUCUUCAAUGAAAAUGGAGAUGCUCCUGGACGCUAUGAUAUUUUUCAGUAUCAAAUCACCAACAAGAGUACAGAAUACAAAGUAAUUGGUCAGUGGACUAACCAACUUCAUCUAAAUGUAGAAGACAUGCAGUGGGCUACUAAAGAACACACUCAUCCAGCAUCUGUCUGCAGCCUGCCCUGUAAAGCCGGGGAAAGAAAGAAAACUGUGAAGGGAGUGCCCUGCUGCUGGCACUGUGAACGCUGUGAGGGGUACCAUUACCAGGUGGAUGAAUUCAACUGUGAACUGUGCCCUAUUAAUAAGAGACCAAACGCCAACCGUACAGAUUGCCAGCUUAUCCCUAUAAUCAAACUGGAGUGGCAUUCUCCUUGGGCCAUUGUGCCUGUCUUCAUAGCUAUUCUUGGUAUAAUUGCCACCACCUUUGUGAUUGUGACAUUUGUCCGGUACAACGACACACCAAUUGUCAGAGCCUCUGGACGGGAGCUUAGUUAUGUGCUCUUGACUGGGAUUUUUCUCUGUUACUCCAUUACUUUUUUAAUGAUUGCAACUCCUGAUACAGUGGUCUGCUCGUUUCGAAGGAUCUUUUUAGGACUCGGCAUGUGUUUCAGCUAUGCUGCCUUGCUUACCAAAACAAACAGGAUUCACAGAAUAUUUGAACAAGGUAAAAAAUCUGUCACAGCUCCCAAAUUUAUUAGUCCGGCUUCCCAGCUGGUGAUCACUUUCAGCCUCAUAUCCAUGCAGCUUAUUGGAGUCUUCAUAUGGUUUGCUAUCGAUCCACCACACACCAUCGUAGACUAUGGAGAGCAGAGGACACUUGAACCAGAAAAUGCCAGGGGAGUACUCAAAUGUGACAUUUCAGAUCUUUCUCUCAUUUGUUCCCUUGGAUAUAGUAUUCUCUUGAUGGUCACAUGCACUGUUUAUGCUAUUAAAACAAGAGGGGUUCCAGAGACCUUCAAUGAAGCAAAACCCAUUGGAUUUACUAUGUACACAACCUGCAUAAUUUGGUUAGCUUUUAUUCCAAUCUUUUUUGGUACGGCCCAAUCAGCAGAGAAGAUGUACAUCCAGACAACAACACUUACUGUCUCCAUGAGUUUAAGUGCUUCUGUAUCUCUGGGCAUGCUCUACAUGCCCAAGGUUUAUAUUAUCAUUUUUCAUCCAGAGCAGAAUGUUCAAAAACGGAAGCGGAGCUUCAAGGCUGUAGUGACAGCUGCCACAAUGCAAAGCAAACUGACCCAAAAAGGAAAUGACAGACCAAAUGGCGAGGUCAAAACUGAACUGUGUGAAAGUCUUGAAACCAACACCUCCUCUACCAAGACAACUUAUGUCAGUUACAGCAAUCAGGCAAACUGAGCAGGGAUGAAAUUCACUGGAAGACCUGCAGGAUGGAAUCUUGCAAACAUAGACUUUACCACCACCAGAAUUCAGUCAUGGAAAUACCAGUAGACUACAUUCAAAUCAAUAGUCAGUCUCCCAAAGGACAAGGAUUAAACAAGAGGCAAAAGGCAAAAAGAGACAGGGGAAGGAAAAGUCCAGUUUUAUAACAUAGAGACAGAGUGUCAAGCUUCUGAACUGUUCAUUCACAAAAAGAAGCAAAUCACAAAAGGAAAACAAAUGUUAGCUUGUGAAAAAAAAUGCUGUUGAAAUAAAUCAUGUCUGAUGUUAUAUUUGUAAGUACUUUUUUGUGAUUGUGACAAUUUCCUUUCCUGUCCUACAUUGUUCAACUCGUAAAAGAAGAUGAAUUUGUUUCUUGUGAUGGCUGACUGAAUUAAGUCCUGGGUUAUGCUAAAAUAAAUGCAAUGGUCAACGCAUGCUAAUUUUUAUACAAAAUAAUUUAUUUCUAAUAAUAAAGGAAUGUUUUGCAAAUGUUGAGACUUGUUUUGUUGCAGUUUUAAGGGAAGAAAUCCUUACAGUCUUGUCUAUUGUUUGUUUAGAAUGUGCAGUAAAGGUGAGUGUACAAAUAAAAUAAUACUCGUGGCAUCAGAGGAAUGCAGUGUAAACUCUAAGCAUGUGUGUGUGUGUGCGCACAUGCGUGUGUGUAUGUAUAUGCAUGUCUGCAUGCAUGUGCGUGUGUGCGUACUCUGCAGUGUGUGAUUUAUUUGUUCAAAACUUUGUAACUAUAUUUUCUAAUGGAAGGAUUUUUUCUCCCUUCUCACCCUCAAAGUAAGUGCAUUUUAUAUGUUUGUAAAGUGAAGGAGUCCUGACAGUAAUUAUUUUGUAUGAUUGUAUUAUAUUUUGGAACCUCCACUAAUAAUUUUGAUCCUUUCAUUUCUGGAACUUACAGUUUGUAAGACUUUAUGACAGCUAGACUGGAUUAAGCUGAAAGUCUAUUCAGCCUAGUAUCCUGUCUCUGACAGGGGAAUGUAGCAGAUGCUUAUCUCAAUAAAGGUGACUUUGAAAUAACAGGAAAGAAAUCAAUGGCAAAUUUGGAAAGCAGUAACCUAGUGGAUAUAUGUACUAUUGCCUUAUAAACACUUAAAAAUCAAAGAAAUAAGUGUCCAUCUACAUUCUUCACAUCUUGUAACUCCCAUGUCAAAUGGUUGUGUGUGCAUAGGAAAUGAUUAUGCAAAGAGAAAGAGAAAUUUGUAUAGAUAUCCAUCAUGUUAAAAAAAACCUCCAAAGACGUUAAAAAAAGCAAAACAAAACAAAACAGCUAGGGAUUUUCCAUUUUGUUACUAUAACUGUGAUGUUUUUUAAGACUUUUUCACUCCAUACAAUAUUUACCAUUCAUUAAGUAAAUGGGUCUUCACAAUCCGUUGAUUAUUAAAUGUUAUUUCUCCUGAAUUAGCCUGGAUGGCUCCUUGUGCUUUUUUCUUCAAAGGAGCUGUAUUUUUUCUAAUAUAUUUUAAAGAAGCUUUGGUGUGUCCUAAAUUACAUGAAUGAAAGUUGACAUAUCUGAAACUGAAUCUCUUUCUGUUACAAUGUUUAAACUCCGGCAUAGUCGGAAAACUGUGUGACAGUGAAUUUCCUUUUUCAAAAUAUUUGACAAUAUUUCAAAAAAUAUUGACAACAUAGUUUGUUUUCCCCAGCAUUUAAAUGCCUGAAUUAUUAACCAAUGAUUGCUGUGGUAUAUUGUGGUAUUGUGUGUUUGGUGUGUGUGUGGAUAUAUUGCGUGAAAACUCCUUUUUCAACUAUGCCACAAGCACAUCAAUACCAAACCUAUAUAGUAACAUAUGCUUAAUUUUAAACAUAUGAGUAAUGCAGCUAAAGCAAUGAGACAUGCAAAAAUUUUUUUUCACAAAAAUAGUUUUCUGUUUUUUUAGUGAAUAUCUCAUAAAAUUGAAGGAGGUUUUGGUGAAAAUGAAUUGAUUAGAUCAUUGUUUUAGCAUGACAGACUCCCAUGUCCAUGAUGGAUUUCCUAAGAGAAAGAGACAAUCUGUUUCAUCUGAAAAGCAAUGUUUGGCAUUUUUUCUUUUCAAGAAACCUUUGAAAAGCUUAGUUUUCAAUUUAUAACAAAAAAUGUUUCAAAUAUUUUUUUCUGUAAUAUCUAUACAUAUAACAUAAGCAUAACAAUAUGCAUUUGAAAAAGCAGUACAAAAGAAUUGCCUUUAAAACAUUUUCCAUAUACACAUAAGCAUAAUUUACAUACACAUAAAAAUUAGUAUAUGAUAUAUAAUUAUAUUUCAGUUUCACAGUAGUCCAAAGAAAAUGUUAUUCUGAACAGAUUUACCAAAACCAGUGUAGUCUUUUUCUGGUUGAACAGUAGGGUAAAAAUGAAAUGUAAAUUAUUCUAUGCAUUUUGGAUGUCAUUCUGUGAAACAUGGAGUGCAUUAAGCCUAUGAGUCUCACUGGUAUUAAUGUAACUCAUCAGAUAAAUGAGCACACAGUAUGAGUUGCAGAAUGAAUGGGGCAUUGUCAAAAUACAAUGGAACAGCACUGGUCUACAGGUUUCACUUCUAUAGAGUAGCUAUGUGCUGUUUAUGCAUUUGCAUAGAAAGGUGCAUAUCUAUCUCCUGUAACUGUGAUUAAAAGCACAUUCUUCUCUUG